AUGCCGAGUCCCCGUGACCCAGUCCAGCCGCCGAACAGCUUCGCACUCGCUGCCCUUCGCAGCUCUGCGGCAACAGCGAGUGGUCGCUGCGCCUCGAAACGCGGCGCGGAGCGCGGAGCCCCCCGGCAGCAGCCUGCAGCAGCCGCAGUCAGGCCAGUCGGGCCCUCAUGCGCACAUAAAUACAGACGCCAGGGAGGGGGGUGGUUAUUUACACCACAGGUUGCAAUGCCGCUUCAAAACAGCAACGCCGUGGCCCUGGAGAGACGCAUGGACCUGGCCUCGCUCUUCUGCAUGAUAGGACGGCACGGCCCCGCCGUGGCUCUGGCUGUGAUAGCGAUGGCGUCCGUGCUCGCGGCGUUCCUCAUCUACCGGACCGUGAGGGGGAAGCGGAGGAGGGCCGCAGCCGCAGCCGCAGCCGCCGACAGGGAGAGCCAGAGCCCCGGCGCGUCGGUGAAGCGGCCGGGACAGGGGCCGAGCCCGGAGGAGUCGCACACCCCCGUGGCGUCAACAGAUGUGAGUGAUGAAGGCUCGUCAGACAUAAAGGAAGACGCUGAUCUAUUUCAAAGUGACCUGAAAAUCAGGCAUCGCCGUGCCGCUACCACUGCCACUGCUGCUGAGAAGAAACCUCCACCCUAUUCUCCUCCCAGGAGUGACACCCAAAUACCAGACAACAAGCACACCACUUCAGAUGACACAGAGGAAAUGGCACUUGUGCAGGACUCUUACAAAGUAGCGGAGAAGUAUGCAGAGGAGGCUAGUCACAACCUGCGAGGUGACGCUUGCACGGUGGCUGAAAUGGAGGCGGAGGGUGCUGGCGAUUGCCGCAAGGGUGCAACAGAUGACACUGUUAAGGGUGUGAUAGACAAGGUCCAUGAUAACAAUAGCUACCUGAAGGAGCCUGGGCUGAUUAAUGACGAGAGCCACGAGGAGCAGGAAAGGGUGUUUAAAGCAGAAGAUAUGGAAGACAAGAAUGUGACAACAGACAAGUAUGUUUCAGAUGAGAAAACCAGACAAGAGGAGGAAAACUUUCAGUGUGCUUCAAACAAUCAAGUGUGCUUCAACCAGACCCCUUCUGUGAGUAAAAAUGUUGAUGAAAGACUACAAGAUAACAAAACUACACCAGAGACAAACAGCGUCGAGUCCAAAUUGGAAGAGCCUGUCAUUCAGAUCGAAGAUGUACCUGUCACUUGCAUCUCUUAUGGCAGAGAUGAGGAGUAUGAGGAAGAGAAUCACCACCCAGAUAGUACUGACAACAGUAAUCACUUCUCUCCAGAAAAGGAAGAGAAAGAGAAAGAUGAGGGUGAGGAGGCAGAGGAAGAGUGUGGGGACCAACAGCUAAUUCCUCAACAAGAUGCGACCUGGUCCAUGACAUCUGAACAAGAACCACACCUGCCAUCUUCACAGCAGGACCAGUGUGAUUACAUGACAGACAGGUUGACGCCACCGAUUCGGGAUAGGGAUUGGGGUGAUGAUGGUGGUCUAGCUAGUGAAGUGUGUGAAGAAGAUAAAGAUGAAGACCGCGUUCUUACAGCUGCUGAAUUCGACACCCAUCCCCCACUGUCUGACAAGCAAAAACUUCAGACUGAGCAAAAAGACGAAAAUGGUCUCAAUCAGAAGGAGGGUGUUCUUCCCACUGUGGCUGAUCAGGUGAAAGAGAAAAUGCUGACUAGUGAUGAGACUGUUGCCUUUGGUGAAGAAUGUGAUGGUUCAAGUGUGGUACUCAGCCCUACUCUGCAUUGUUUGAACGAGCCUGUAAAGGUUGAUUACCGUGAUGACGAUCUGUCCAGUGUCAACACUGAUGCAGAAGCUCAAUUCUCAGGCAUUGUGGAUUUCCCUGACUUGUCAUUGGAUUGUCAACAACCACAAAGUGAAGUGAAAGAUGAAGGAAUCUCCCCACAUUUGGAUAAAGACAAGGAUCUUACUGUUCUCGUCUCGGACUUGCCAUCUGUCAAGAAAGACAUUCAGUUCGAAAAGACGGAAAUGUGUGCAGUUGUUGUGUUAGCUGAAGACAGUAUUGACCCUCAAGUGCCACCUUGCUUCAAAGACCAACAAAUUGGACAAAUGGUUAAUAAUGAAACUUUUUACGAGACUAGUGUCGCUGCUGCUCCUGAUACAGUUACAAGCGAUGCUGUGAACAUUAUUGCCCCGAUAAUGGCUGAAAAAAUAUCUCAUCCUCAUGUGUCAUCUUGCCAUGAAGACCAACAAAGUGUCCAAAUGAUAAAUAAUGAAACCUUUGACAAAUCUGGUGCUGGUCCUGAUACGAUUAAAAAUGUAACUGCUUCUGUAAUCGGUGAAGAAAAGUCUUGUCCUGACUUGCCAUCCAUCUGCCAAGACCAAAAAAGUGACCAAGUGGAAAUUAAUGAAACUUUGGACAAGACGAGGGUUAAUUCCACUACUGAUGCAGCUGUUUGUGAAAAUGUUAGUAUUACUACACCUGUAAUGUCUGAAGAAAUAUCUCGUCCUGACACGUUGUCUUUCUCCCAAGACCAACAAUCACGAAAUAAGGAAGACUUUUCUAAAUUUACCAUUGACGCUGCUCAUGUCAUGAGUGAGGAGUUUAACCCUCCCACGUGUCAAACUCACUUGCCAUCCUUUGAGCAAAGUGAGCUGAAGGAGAAAGACAAAGACAGCAUUUCAUCCCCUGGUGUUGGAGAAGAGAGCGGGAUUUCAAGCAUGACGGUGACCCCUGAUUUGCAUGAUGCUGGUAAUGAGUUUGACAUGACCACUGAAAAUAUGGUGCUUCAGGUAAUGGAUUGUGAUCCACUGUCUGAAGAAAGGACAGAGGCUCGAAACAGCCUCUUUGCUGAUGAUGUAACCAUACCUGUCAUAAAGGAAGAUACAGUAGGUACGGUGUGCGGGCCUCACCCAUCACAUCUCUCCCAGCAACCCCAAAGUGAGGACACAGACAGGGCUAAGUAUGAGUCAUCUGCAGCCAACGAGGACAUGUUUGGCCAUGAGGUUGAAGACAAUUACAACAGAGCAAUGGAGCAGUUUAUGGUGCAGAUUGCAAGCACAAUGAUCUUAACUGAUAAGCUGCAGACAGAUGUGAAGGCUGUUGUUGAGGUUGUAGAGAUUAAGGAGAAGAGCAAAGGGGUAAGCAUUGCAAAGAAAGUAGAAACAGAAACAGAGAAAGAGAAAGAAGAGGACUGUGAAAAGAGCGAAAUCAGUAUCAUGGAGGCGACUAUGGACAAUAACGAAUGGAUCACGGAUAGUAACUACCAAGUCCAUCCCUGGAUGAACCUUUCUGUCACACCUUUUGCCCAAGACCACACAAAAACCGACCAGCUAACCACUGAAGAAUGCCAGCACAGCUCUUCUCUCACAGAUGCUACUUGUAUGGAUACAGAUACCCCACCUUCCACUGAAGUCAAACAAACCAGCACUCUCUCCCUUGUUGAUGAAAGCACGGAAAAUAACAAAAAGGUUGUGGCUGUCCAGCCCAUGCCCCAGAACGUCAGUGUGACCUUCCGCAUUCACUAUGUCACCCACUCACCAUACCAGACGGUGGCUGUCACAGGAAACCAGCAGGAGCUGGGGAACUGGAAGGAAUUCAUCCCGUUAGAGUCGGCCAAGGAUGGGCACUGGGCCACGGUGGUCAGCCUACCCGCAGAGAGCCAUGUGGAGUGGAAGUUUGUGGUGGUGGACAAGGGUGUGGUGUGUCGUUGGGAGGAGUGCGGCAACCGCCUCCUUGAGACAGGCUGUGGAGAUGACCUGAUUUUGCAAAAAUGGUGGGGAUUAUUGUAGGAGGAGCUUGAGAGGAAAGGGCUCCAGAGGUGAGAGGAAGAUUGAGAGUGACAUGUAUAGUAAUCUUAGUUAUUGGAUACUAGACCAGAUAAAAUUCAAAUUUAUUUGUACAUCCCAUCACAUGACCCAAAUGAUGAUACAGUAGAAUGAAAUGGCAUCAAGACCUCAUUUAGGUGUUAAAUAUGAUACAGUGAAAUAUGAUAUACUAAAAUAAAACUAUAAAAGUGGGCUAAAUUUGGUUGAGAAAUAAAAAGAUUUUUUCAACAGAAAAUUAAUCAACAACU